UAAAAGUGGUUGGGGAGAGAGAGAGAGAGAGUGAAUGGUGUUAAGGUGAAGUUGAGAUGCUUUCGGCUAACAUUGCUGAAACUGGCCUCGUCUAUGCUGUAUUGGGCAGUUGAAGAAAACAAAGAUCUUUAUUACAUCUUUUACUACAUUUUUGCAACACCUACCUCUUCACUGGUCCUAGGUUUGAUUUUUUCUUCUUCUCAAUUCCCAUCAUCACACUCAACCUCUUUCACUUGACAACUACUCUUUCAAACAAACAACACAAAACCCAAAAUUCUUAACCAACCAAAAUCACCUUCUUUUACCUUUCAAAACCACAAAACCAAAGAACCAAAGUUUUGGUUCUUUUAUGAAAGAGUUUUGUGUUAUUAUUAUUACUAUCAUCUAGUUUUGCAAAAAAAAAAUGUGGGAUCUUAAUGGUUCACCUUUUAAGAGAAAAGAAGAUGAAAAAUCUGAAGGAUGUUCUUCACUCAAGACAUCAAUAGAUGGAGAUGAAGAUAAAGCAAAAAGGGUUGGUGGAUCUGUUUCAAAUUCAAGCUCUUCAGCUAUAGUAAUAGAAGAAGAUUCAGAAGAAGACAAUAGCAACAAAGACAUGAUGAUGAUGAUGAUGAAGAAAAGAAACAGUAAGAUAUUUGGUUUCUCAGUAUCUCAAGAAGAAGAAAAUGAAAAUUCCUUAGACAGUGAAAAUUUUCCUGUGACAAGACAGUUUUUUCCUAUGGAUCAAGAGUCUGAUGAUAUGGUUGUAGCAUCUUCAUGUGGUGGAAAUGGAACAUCUUCAUCUUCUUCUAGUUUUCCUCGUGCUCAUUGGGUAGGUGUGAAAUUUUGUCAAUCAGAAACACUUGGAAGUGGAAAAUCAGUAGAACUUUCUUCUUCAUCUUCUUCACAACCUAUGAAGAAAAGUAGAAGAGGACCAAGGUCAAGAAGUUCACAAUAUAGAGGAGUUACUUUUUACAGAAGAACAGGUCGAUGGGAAUCACAUAUAUGGGAUUGUGGAAAACAAGUGUAUCUUGGUGGAUUUGACACAGCACAUGCAGCUGCUCGUGCAUAUGAUAGAGCAGCUAUAAAGUUUAGAGGAGUUGAGGCUGACAUAAAUUUUAAUAUUGAAGAUUAUGAAGAAGACUUGAAGCAGAUGACUAAUUUGACAAAAGAAGAGUUUGUACAUGUACUUCGUCGACAAAGCACUGGUUUUCCAAGAGGAAGCUCUAAAUAUAGAGGUGUUACAUUGCACAAAUGUGGAAGAUGGGAGGCAAGAAUGGGACAAUUUUUAGGAAAAAAGUACGUUUAUCUGGGCUUGUUUGACACCGAGGUUGAAGCUGCAAGGGCUUAUGACAAAGCAGCAAUAAAAUGCAAUGGUAAAGAGGCCGUCACCAAUUUUGAUCCAAGCAUAUAUGAUAGCGAGCUUAAUAAUUCUGCAGAUCCAGCAAGUAAUGCUGGUGAUCACAAUUUGGAUUUAAGUUUGGGAAAUUCAAGUGCAAAGCCUAUCAAUAAUACUCAAGCAAAUCAUGCAUCUGAUCAAUCUAAUUUGCAGCAUGGGGGAAACAAGCCUAAGCUUGUGAAUAUACUCCCCAAACCAUAUAAUAGACCAAACAAUAUUGAAGCAUAUGGAAGGGAUUUGCAUGGAGAGAGUGAAGCAUUGAGGAUGCUAAGUCAAACUCACCUUCAUUCUUCAUCAUCUAAUGAAAUGCAUAGAUAUGCUCCUUUUAGAGAUCAGUCACAAAUGCUUCAAAGUUUUGCACAUACUCAUCCCCCAAAUAUUCAUUUUCCCAGCAGCAGCUAUGGAAGCCGAGUUGGAAGUGAUCUUUCGUUAUCAACGAGCAAUCAUCAUCAACAACAACAAUGGCAAUCAGGGCCACAUUAUUUAGCAACUGCUGCUGCAGCAUCAUCAGGAUUCCCACCUCAAAUUAGACCACCCUCUUCUUCUCAAGCUUGGCAGCACAUAAAUGGCUUCCACAAUCUCAUGAGACCCUCUUGAUCCCUAUUUAACCAUUCUACAUUCAAAUAAUCAUAUUUGCUAAGUUCUUCCCUAAUAUCUUCCCCUAUUUUGUCAAUUUUAUUAGCAUAUAAAAAUUUGAAUGCAAUUUUAGAAGGGAUAGCAAGAGGAAAAACAAAAAUUCUAAAUUGAGAACUCAUUAAGUCUUAGUUUGGAUGAGUCAAACUAACAAAUGCACUAUAUCUACAAUUAGAUAUUAUGGUUUCUGACUAUAUUUUCUGUGUUGUUAUAUAACUAUGAUUUCUUGCUUUCUGUAUUAUUGGUAUUUAUGAUCCAUUUUCUUAA